UGGCGGAAGAGCAUUGCGCUCACCUGUCUGUAUUUCAUCCAUUUUGCUUCUGGGUCUCCCCUUCGGCCCAGGUUUUAACCGCGAUGUCCUCAGCGUUGGCAGUGCCACACGGUUUCAACUAAGGACCGUUGAACAGUUCGCUGCGGCUGUUGCGGUGUUGGAAGCCUGCCCAAAGUUUUCGCCGUUCUGUUGCCGGAACUGGCGGAGGAUCCGUCCAACCCGCAGCAUCCAGCUCAGCGCUGCCUGCGGCUGAUUGCCCUGCGGUCAACCUCGCGGACCUACAUUACUUCGGUCCUCUUCACAUCCCCUAGAUUGUCCUCGAUCGCAGUGUCCCGUUCCUCUAUCGUGCCCUGCUUUGCGCAGACCUCCUUUCCCGCAAUUCUAGCAUCGCGACUUCCAACAUACAGCAUCGCAUGUCGAGCCCGAUGACGGCCCAAGUAAAGCCACCGAUUGCUACGGAGGCGCGGGGCGCCGAUUCCUCCGGUCGCGAGAAGCACAGCCGAGUAGUGCAGGUGCUGAGGGGCGUUUCCUGUGCGGUUUACUUCGCAGCAGGCGCCACUGUGAUCCACGCGACCCAACUCAUCGGGGCACCCCUAUACUGGAUUAACCGCGAGCUCUACUAUGCCUACAUGUCCUAUACAAAGGAGCUGUUCGGGAUUCUCAUCACGACAGUGACGAACUGGUGGGGCCCAACCACAAUACGCAUCAGCGGCGAUUCCUCGGUGGCGGGCCAAAUACGCAAGACGGAAGAUGGCCUGGUGGAGUUUUCGUUCCCCGACCGCAUGGUCAUGAUAGCGAACCAUCAGAUCUACACAGACUGGCUCUACCUCUGGUGGAUCGGCUAUGCCAAUAAGCCGAAGAGGCAUGGAUCUCUCUUUAUCAUUCUGAAGGAAUCACUCAGGUACAUCCCGAUAUUGGGGCCCGGCAUGAUGCUCUACGGCUUCAUUUUCAUGUCCCGGAAGAUGGCGGUCGACCAACCCCGGCUGGCCUAUCGGCUGGGGAAGCUGAAGACGCACCAUACGGCUCCGGAUGGGAAGAAGUAUCUUGAUCCCAUGUGGCUGCUGCUGUUUCCGGAGGGAACGAAUGCUUCUCAGAAUGGGAGGAACAAGUCUGCAAAGUGGGCCGAGAAGAUCGGCGUCAAGGACCCAGAGCACAUGUUGCUGCCGCGGAGCACUGGCACCUACUUCUGCCUUAAUGAGUUGAAGGGCACGGUGGACUACGUCUACGACUGUACCGUGGCCUACGAAGGGGUUCCUCGCGGCAAGUUCGGGGAGAAGAUCUUCACCAUCUCCCGCACCUACAUUCGAGGACAACCGCCGAAGUCCGUCAACUUCUACUGGCGCCGGUUCCGUCUCGCGGACAUCCCUCUGAACAACCAAGAGGAAUUCGACCUGUGGCUACGGGAGCGGUGGUACGAGAAAGAUGCGCUCAUGGAACAAUAUGUCUCCACCGGACGUUUCCUUCCCAGUCCUGACAAAGCCGUUCCCGGCGCUCACGAGGGGUUUCUCGAGACUGAAGUUCGCACUCGAUAUCCUUGGGAAUUCCUCCAGAUCUUCAGCGCACUCGGUGCCUUUAGCUUGGGCAUCAACAUCCUCCUCAAGGUGCUGAACGGAUUUCUUUAGGUGCUUUCCUGAGUUUUGGGCGUUUUGGAACGAUGGAAAUGAGAUACCCCUCCACUCACACAUGGAUGAUGAUUGCAUGAAGGGCCUGCAGCUUAUGACAAGGGCGGAGGUAUAUACCAAUUUUUGCUGCAUUGGAUCAGCAGGUUGGCGCCGGUGUGUUGAGAGUGGAACUUUUGGAAUACUGUUGCUGCCGUGGCCUGUCAGAUACCAUCUGGAAGUGCGUUCUAUUCAUCGGUACGGCGUUGGGGUGCAGGAAUUGAUGGGAGGGCGGGUUAGGCAAGAGGCCGAUGGCGGUGUCUAUGAUCUUCGUUAUAUAUCCUUUCUCCGCAUCCUGUUUCUUGACGUGAUAUCACCGUCUUAUGCAAAGGUCAGGUUGGCGACGUUUAUGACCAGGCAGGGGAUGCAGGACGGACCUCGUGCCUUUCUGUGACUA